ACCUCUGACGGGAGAGAGCGGGGGAAGGGACGAGGCCGGGUCACAGCCUCACCUGGGCAGCGCCGGAUCCGGAAGCUCCGCCCGACGCAGACCUUGGCCUCCGGCUCGGGGCACCCUCCCCGCUUACCCCCGCCCGGUGGGUCCAGGAGCCCGUUACACGCAUGCGCUGGCCGGGGGCGAAGUCAGUGUUGAGUGACUUGGUGAGCUGACCCCACCGCUGCCCGCUGCCCGCUGCCCGCUGCCCGCGGGACCCUGGGAGAGCCCUGGAGCCCCAGCCAGCAGGCCGCUGACUUGGGACGUCCACAGAGCCAGAAGCAAGUCAGAGCCCUGCAAGGCUGCCCAUGCCAUGGAGUCUAAGGUGAGCAAUGGCUCAGGCCCCCAGGAUGAGCGUAUCACCAAUUUGCUAGUGUUUGGCUUCCUCCAAAACUGCUCCAACUAUAACUUCCACGAAGAGUUGGAGCUGUUGGGCCGAGAACUGCCCGUGCCAGCUUACCUGAAGGAGGACUACGACGAUGAGCUGCAGACAGAUGGCAACCGGUGCAGCUACUUCCUGGAUGGUGGGGCGAGAGAUUCCGAAAGUCAAGAAGAAAUCAUCCAGGAUAUCGCCAGGCAGCUCGCCCAAAUAGGGGACAGGAUGGAUCACAGCAUCCACCCAGGACUGGUGAAUAACCUGGCAAUGCAGUUUAUGAAUGUGAACCUAUCGGAAGAAGACAGAAGGAAGCAUCUCGCUGCUGCGCUGGAGCAGGCCAUGCAGACUUAUCCUAAGGACAUGGAAAAGGAGAAGACCAUGCUGAUGUUGGCCAUGCUGUUGGCCAAAAAGGUGGCCGAUCACACCCCAUCCUUGCUCCGUGACGUCUUUCACACAACAGUGAACUUUAUUAGCCAGAACCUGCUCACCUAUGUGAGGAACUUAGUCAGAAAUGAGAUGGAUUGAGUGGACACCUCUGCAAAAGCACAACUGGUUAAAACUUGAUAUGGUGACGACAGUACACCUGCCUCCAGCGGAGAUGGAGCCAUGGCCACUUAAAGUUUUUAGAGAAAAUAGGCAUAAUAGCUAUUUAUUUCUUACUAUUUUAAAGAUGUUUUAAGCAGGUGAUCCAUUUAGAAAUCUUUACAUAUAACAUACUUGAAUGAAAAUGUCAGCUUGCACAUAUCUGAAUGAGUUUUAUAACCAUCUUCUAAAUCCAAAUCCACUACACAUUGUGCCUUUAAGUUAUUUCAGCUGUAUGGGUCUUCACUUGAAAAUUAAAUUUAAGAACAGAUUGUAAGGCAGAAGAAAAAAACAAAAUAUUUUUUUUGUUUAAAAAAUACCCCAGCUUUACUGUUUAUUAAAAUGUAAUCUUGGGGCAGGCCUUCCAGCAGGCAAGAUUGUGUUUGAGGAGAGAGCAAGCGCUGGAUGCACAUAUCCUCACAGAUGAAAAUUUCCUCUCAAGAUAGGGAACAUCAUAAUACUAAGGAAGUAAUAGUCUUCCCAUUUAAAAACCAAACAGUACAAGAGGUUCUGGACUAAAGUUCUGUACUCAAACAAUGGGAAAAUCAGGCCUCAAAAUGUCAUUGUUUUUCAACUUGAUUUCUUUUUAUUUGAGUCAAGAAGGGCCUUAGGCAAUUCAAAGGUGUGGAAGUGAUUUAAGGCUCCAAGUCAAUUGCAGUUUCCAAAAUCAGGUAACUCAAUGCACCUUUUUUUUCCAAGAAGUCAGAGCUUUGAUAAAAAUGUUAGACUGAUGAACAUACAUCCCGUGGGAAAAUACCUGUUAAUAAUCUUUUAUAUUCAUUUUCCUCCCAUAUCCCUCAACUGAUCCUUGCCCAAGAAGCUACAUCUGAAGAAAACAGGCUUCUAGGCAUAAAAGGUAAAAGAACAGUUAGACUUAAAAAUUCAACAGUUGAGGUGAUUCCCUUUCUUAGAGACACAGAAUGGGAGUAAAAACACAAGUCAGUCACUUAGGAAGCGCCCAAAUAAACCAGAGAGAGCUUACACCUAGAAACAGUGCAACACUGGUCUGUUCCCGGCAGUAAGCAUUUCCUAGGAUUCUGUUAAAACUAUGGUGGCGGAUGCUGGAUCCCUAUCACACACGCUGCUGUUCCACUUCGCAGGAGCAGUUGCUCCUGUGAAUAUGAGUGUGAACAAGAGUAAUUCGGUACUAGGAAAUACUGUUUUGUUGUCAGAAAUACUUUUCUGUUCCAUGAGGGUUUAAUCAGAAGGGAAAAAUGACUGCAUAGCUCAGCAUUACAUACAUAACACCCUAGGGCUGUGUCUCAGCCUGAGCAUCUGCAGUAAUGUUGAGAAUACUAAAGGCUGGGAAGGCCACCAUUUGGAAAUAAAUCUUCCAGUGACUCAAC